CCCGCGGCGGGAGGUGUGGGGAAGCUAGCGCCCAGGAGGCCUGGCUCUUCCCGGGACUCGAUUGCGGGCGAGCCCGCCUGUGCUUCCCCGGUGGGUUUAGCGUGCGCGGGUUUGUGCAGGUCUGGGGCGAGCUUGCCUGCACUUUACGCCGUCAUUACAGCUACAGGCGUCGGUGGCCCGUUCUGAGGCGUCUGUUGCAAUCGUCGCCCAAGGUUCUUAAAGGCUCAGGAAUCAGGACGAGCUUGGGUGGCGGCUUUGCAGACUCCCGGCGGAGCUGCGGGCACUGGUUGGACACAGUCGCGGGCUGACGGAGAUUUGAUUUCCUCCCUUGCCUUUGCGUCUUAUCUGCUUGGGUCCGGAUGCCGGGUGAGAUUGGGUCUCCCCAGAACCGACUGGACGCGAAGGCUUCCGGAGGAACAGGAAUCGUGGCACCAUUAGGCCGAAGCGCCCUAGAGAUUGGAUCCCUCAGUGUUGCCCACACUUCUGUGGCCUGUUAACGUUCGCGUAUGACUUGUUGCCAGAAUGAGUGACCGCUAUUUAGAACAAAGGACUAGUAUCAAAUUUUGUGUGAAACGGAACAAGUCUGCAAGUGAGACCCACCAUCUUUUGAAGGAAGCCUACGGAGAUGAAGUCAUGUCAAGGGCCCGAGUUUUCGACUGGCACAAAAGGUUUAAAGAAGGACGAGAAGAUAUACGGGACGACGCACGAAGUGGUCGCCCGAUCACCCAUAGGACAGACGAAAAUAUCCGGAAGGUGAAGGACUUGGUCUGUUCAAAUAGGCAGUUAACGGUGAGAAUGAUGGCCGAAGAGUUAAAUUUAGAUAAAGAAACUGUUAGGCUCAUUCUGAAAGAAAACUUGAACAUGAGGAAAGUUUCUGCCAAAGUUAUAUCGGACAUUUUGAAGGAUGAGACUAAAGCUGGGAAAUUUCGGUCUGACCAUUCAAAAGAAGCUAGGAAAACUAGCUCAGGUUUGAGAAGGAAGGCAACAAGUUCUGAAACAUGGAGUCAUCUACAGGGCGAAGCUGGUGGGGAAAUGCCUUUGCCCAUGCCACGUCCCCGAAUCCACUAUCCCGCCAGCCAGCUUCUGCAGGGGUCAUUCUCAGCAAGCCUUUCCACCGGGGUUUCCUGGGAUUGGUUUGCAUCCUGGUAAAAUGAACCUGCCUAGGGAAGCUGUCUUCAUUUUCCUUCCUGCUUGUCAGGGCCCUCCUACUUAACAGGAUGCUGGAAACUAUGCGGCUGUCUUCCCUGUUGUUCUCCAGCACUUUGGUGUGAUUGUGGCUGCUGACUUCUGGUGCUAGCUUGUUCUUGAUUUUUUUUUUUUUAAUGGUCUUACCGAGUUUGGAUCUCUUCAGGGUACCCACUUCAGCUUGCCCCAGGGGAUCAUGGCAGUGAGAAAGGGGAGGGAGAGUCUAGCAUCUCUGUGUCCAAGAAGACAUGCUCUUCUGGGAGGACCCCAAAAGAAGGCCUACAGUUUUACCGUCCUUCACAGUCCGGCCUCCGAUUCAACACAGAAGGCAGUGUCCUACUAACACAUUGAGCGAGGGACGCCUAAAGGCUGCUGGCUGGAAUGAUUCAGUGGAACCUCAGAGAACUCAGGAGUUGGUCACCAGUACUUAAUCUCGUGGAUCUCCCCUGACAAGAGAGCUGGGUUUGUUUCACUCUAAUCCAGUGCUUUGGGCCAUCAUUCAUUUGGUUGUUCCCUCUUCCCAGAGAGAAGGACCUGGUCCUAGAAUAUUUAAACCAUGUGAUCUGGGUCAAGACUGUGAUGUGUGACAAGAAAGGUUGGGUGACUCUCCAGACACUGAUUUAAGGGGUCCAGCACCACAGUGUAAGAAGUUUUUAAUAACUGAGGACAGUCGUGUUUCGAGUAUCUACUUUUAAAAUUUUGUUUUGAGGCAAGCCCAACAGACUGGCCUUUAAAAAAAUUUUUUUUAAUAUUUAUUUAUUUAUUUGAGAGAGAGAAAGGUAGAGAGUGA